AAAGCCAAGAACGCUUGGUCUAACUGAGUGCCAUCAUCGUGCGCCAUGCCUGUCUUCUCUCAUGAAGUCCCAGGCACUGAGGACGCAGAACGUGGCUGGGGUCCAUCUCACCGCGCGUGUGAUGGACAGGAGCCAACGCUUGCCAUCUUUGAUGAGCAAUCAGGUGAUCAGGUGAAGACGUCGUACGAGAACUUUCAGAACGCGCGUCGCAAGUUCUCCAACAAGCCCUUCCUCGGCCACAGGCCCAUUGCUUCGGACGGCAGCGCUGGGCCGUACGUCUGGAGCACAUUUGAAGAAGUGGGGAAAAGGGCCGAGAACUUUGGAUCUGGCUUGUUGAACUUGGGCCUUUGUCCCAGUCGGCCAGACCCGGAAGUGCGAGAUCGGGGCAUGUUGGGGAUCUAUGCGAAGAAUCGGCCUGAAUGGGUGAUCGCUGAGCAAGGAUGCUUCACACAGUCCAUCGUCACGGUUCCCAUGUACGACACUUUGGGUGCUGAGAGCGUUGCCUAUGUGGUCAAGCAGUGCAAUUUGAAGACUGUGGUGUGCUCCGCCGAGACCGCCAAGUCCGCCAUCAACUGCAAAGCGUGCUGCCCAAGUCUGGAGUGUUUGAUUCUCAUGGACGUCUCCGAGGAUCUCCGGAGCCAGGUGACGGCCGCAGGGCUCCGCGUGUUCAGCGUGGAGGAGGUGGAGAAGGAGGGAGCUGCAAAGCCUCGACCACACUUGGCACCGCUUCCAGAGGACAUUCUCACCUUCUGCUACACCUCGGGCACUACUGGAGAUCCCAAGGGUGUGCUCGUCACGCAUGAGAACCUCGCUUCAGCUUUCGGAGCAUCCCGCGGCAGGCAGCCCUUCACGACCCUCACCGGAGACGAUGUGUUGCUGUCCUAUUUGCCUUUGCCUCACAUCUUCGAGCGAAUGGUGCAGUUUGGCACGCUGUUUGGUGGCGGUCGCAUUGGGUUCUACCAGGGGGACACCUUGAAGAUUGUGGACGACCUUCAGGCUCUCAGACCCACCAUUUUUCCGUCAGUCCCGCGACUUCUGACGCGAGUCCAUGACAGGCUCUUGGCGGGCGUGCAAGAAGCGGGCGGUUUGAAGAAGGUUCUCUUUGAUCGAGCUUAUGCUGCAAAGAAGGCUGCUCUUGCAGAUGGAAAGAACACUCAUCCCUUGUGGGAUAGGCUGAUUUUUUCGAAGAUCGCCGAGAAGGUUGGCCUCAACAAGGUGCGCGUGAUGAUCACUGGGAGCGCUCCGAUUGCUGACCAUGUCUUGGACUUCUUAAGAAUCGUCUUCGCAUGUCCUGUCUUUGAGGGCUAUGGUCUCUCAGAGACCUCUGGAGCAGGUACCGUCACCGCGGACGGCGAUCUGGCCCCUGGCACCGUCGGUGCGGUGUUGAGCUGCAAUGAGCUACGUUUGAAGGAUGUGCCAGACAUGGGUUACCUUCGCACCGACCAGGUUCACAAAGCGGGAGAAGUCUCCAUUCCUUGCCAUGGCCGCGGAGAGAUUUGCUUCAAAGGAACCAAUGUCUUCAAAGGCUAUUACAAGAUGCCAGAGAAGACUGCGGAGGCCGUUGAUGAGGAUGGAUGGUUCCAUUCCGGAGACAUCGGGAUGUGGUUGCCGGAUGGCCGGUUGAAAAUCAUCGAUCGCAAGAAGAACAUCUUUAAGCUGGCGCAAGGUGAAUACGUUUCCCCGGAGAAGAUCGAAGGAUUGAACGUACAAAGCAGCUUUGUGGCCCAGAGCUUUGUCUACGGAGAUUCCUUGAAGACCCAGUUGGUGGCUGUCGUGGUGCCGGAUCCUGACACAGCAGCCAGUUGGGCCAAGAAGCGAGGAUCUCAGAUGCCCAAACUGGGAACUGUUGUUACUGGUAGAUGCCAGGAGCUACUAGUAGUAAUGCCCUUAGCUACUAGUAGCUUCUUGUUCCUAGUAGUAAGGUGCCUUGUUCCUAGUAGCUUCUUGCUGCCAAUGGAAAUGCACUUGUUACUAGUAGCGUCCUUGCUACUAGUGGCGAUGCACCUUGUUACCAGUAGCCUUUUUGAGGGUAUGCGGUAUGCCUGUUGGCCUCAACUAUCUCUGACAACUAUGCCAAUCUCAUGCCGUUGACUCAAGCUUAUGAAGGUGGUUCUGUUUAAUUGGAG